AUGCUCACGCGGUACAGCGUCUACUUACUGCAGAAGAGGAGAGAGAGCACGUGCCAGAUCCAGCUCCCGCGCCUCCAACCCACACUGAGCACAGCCUUUGGCUCGGCCUUCCAACAUGGCUGCAACAUCGCUGUGGUUCACACGCCGCACAAGGUCUUGAAGUCCUUUUAUAAUGAAACCUACUUUCAGCGACACGGAGCCUUCAUGGAUGAGAAAGUCAUGGUGCUGCUGUGGUCCUGCACCAUGUCCAUGUCUCCUCUGGGCAUCUUGGUGGGGCCCCUGCUUACUGGCCUGCUGGUUGACAAAUGUGGCAGAAAGGGAACACUGCUGAUCAACAAUGUCUCUGCCAUCCCUGCCAUCCCGAAGGGAGUCAGCAAAGAGAGCAAAGCUUCCGAGCUGAUCAUCUUUUCUCGAGUGGCGCUGGGAGUCUGUGCAGGCAUCUCCUACAGUGCCCUUCCCAUGAACCUGAGAGAGUUAACUCCCAAGAACCUUAGGGGUGCUCUGGGAACAAUGACGGAGGUGUUUGUCAUCGUGGGGAUCUUCCUAGCACAGAUCUUCAGCCUGCAAGCCAUCCUGGGCAACCCUACAUGCUGGCCUGUGCGCUUGGCACUCACGGGGGUCCCCGCACUGCUUUGGCUCCCCUCUCUGCCCUUCUUCCCUGAGAGCCCGAGGUCCACCCUGAUUCAGAAAAGAGAUGAAGAAGAAGUUCGACAAGCUCUGCGGAAGCUGAGAGGCUGGGCAGAUGUGGAGGACGAGAUGGAAGAAAUGCGCGUGGAGGACCCCGAGGGGGCCGAGGGCCGCCUGUCCGUGCUCAGCCUCUUCACGUUUCCGCCUGUCCGCUGGCAGCUGGUCUCCAUCAUCGUGCCCAUGGCCGGCCAGCAGCUCUCCAGGGUCAACGCGGUAUCCUACUACGCGGACAUGAUCUACGCCUCCUCGGCUGGCAUGGAGGCGGCUCAUUCCCAGUAAGUAACAGUGGGUGCCACUGUAGUCAACAUAGUGAUGACCGUCAUCUCGGCAGGCGCCGUCGAGCGGCUGGGUAGGCGGCGCCUCCUGCUGGUCGGCUACGGCAUCCGUGUCUCGGCGCUGCGCUUCCAGAGCACGGUCCCUGAGCUGUCUUACCUUGGCAUCAUCUGUGUCUUCGCCUGCAUCGCAGGACAUUCCAUCGGGCCCAGUGAGCACCUGCAUGCCCCACUACCAGGGGUAAUCAGACUGGCGAUCUUCCUGCAGUCCUCGCGGUGGACGGGGGCCGUGCUGCGGGCGCUCACCAGCAUUAUUGUGGGCUUCGCGUUCCCUUCUGUCCAGGAGGUCAGUGGUGCCUACAGCUUCAUUAUCUUUGCCAGAAUCUGCCUCCUCACUGCUGUUUACAUCUACGUGGUCAUUCCUGAGACCAAGGGUCGAACAUUUAUGGAGAUAAAGCGAAUUUUUGCCCAGAGAAACAGAGUGGAGUUUCUGGAGAAGAAAGAAGAAAUCACAGAUGCUGGGCCUCACGUACCGUCUCUGCCUGCCAGGGAGACUUCCUUUUAGUGGCUCAACUCGUCCCCCAGGUGGCACAUUUAAGGCUUCCUUCUCUGAGGAAGGGUCUCCCUGCCCCAGGCCUCGAGGGAAGGUGACUGCUGUGAGAUUUCUGUGCCCCCAGUGGCAACUGGAAGACUUUGGUCUUCCAGUUUGGUCCCUGAUCUAGUUAAGAAGCAGUUAGCUUCCAACGCUAACCCUGGGAGGAAUGACCUAGGAGGACGGGCAGGUACGUGAGUAUUGAUUGGCAAGAAUAGAUUCGUCGAUUCUACCUCAGCAUCAAAACUCAAAUGGUGGAUGGACACACUUUUUUAAAGUAAAAUUUUUCAAGUUCAGCAUUUGAUAUGGAGGCUGAAUCCUGAUCAACGUGUCAGAGAAUCAAAGAACUAGAAACCAAGGCUCUGGAUUCCAUCGCCUUCCUGGGGUGGCUUCCUCUCUCUCUGUGGCUGAAGGUUGCAGGGCUAAUCCUGGUCAGCGUCUACAGAUUGCAGGAGUUGUUCACUCGCAUUUCUGAUGGUUGAUGCUGGCUGAAACUGACGCAUGAUCUGGGCUUCCUCAUACCUUGGUAGCUGGAUUCCUGCGUGUGGGGGAAGGAGAGAGAGAAACAAAAUGCUAUACACACUCACACCCCUAGCUUUGAACAUCACAUAGAUAGCAUCAGUUCUGCCACAUUCUGUUCUUUAGA